GAGCCCCGCAUCGGGCUCCCCGCUCAGCAGGAAGCCUGCUUCUCCCUCUCUAACUCCCCCUGCUUGUGUUCCCUCUCUCGCUGUGUCUCUCUCUGUCAAAUAAAUAAAUAAAAUCUUAAAAAAAAAAAAAAAGAUAUAGAAGAGAUUUACAGGGAAAAGCCUUCCUCCCACACCUUUCCCCAAGUUACCCUGUACCCCUUCCUUGAGACAACCACUAUUAGCACUUUUUUGUUGAAACCACAUCUAUUUAUUGGUAUCCCCUUCUUUAAACAAAUAGUACCAUGUAUGUUUGAGGUAGAUGUUACUAUAAUACUGCCCAUUUAAAGAUGAGAAAAAAAGAUACACAGGAAGGUUAAGAAACUUGCCCAAGAUGAAGAAUUACUGAGACAGAACUAGGAUUUGAACAAUCUAUUUAUAGAGCCCAUAACCAUUGGACUAUAUUGUCUACACUAUUGUUUGGCAGUAAAAUAACUGAAUGUAAAAAGUUAACCAAUUCUCUCUCUUUUUAUGUUUAAAUGAACUAAUACUAGAAAACCCAAUCCUUCUAUUUUGGACCACUUCUAGCACAGUAAGCUUAAGUCUAAAAGAUGUAAAUAAACAAUACUUUUACCUACAUUUAAGUAAACAGGAUUUUUUGCCCAAACGUCACAUAAUUAGUUGGUAGCAAAACUGGUAAUGUUGAGUCCUAUUUCUAAAAUCCAAUUCGAUUCAAAGUAGGGCCAUUUCCUUAGUAUAGACCCUCCUCAAUUCACCUGGACUACUAUGUCUCCAAACUGGUGUGCCUUUCUUGGAUCUUUUAUUUAUUUAUUUAUUUAUUUGAGAGAGAGAAUGAGAAAGAGAGCACAUGAGAGGGGGAGGGUCUGAGGGAGAAGCAGACACCCUGCCGAGCAGGGAGCCCCAUGUGGGACUCGAUCCCGGGACUCCAGGAUCAUGACCUGAGCCGAAGGCAGUCGCUUAACCAACUGAGCCACCCAGGCGCCCACCUUUCUUGGAUCUUGUCCUUCUUCUUUAAUUCAUCCUCUAUAGCUAUACUAUUUCCAAAGUAUCCCUCUAGUCCUUUGCCUCAAUGUCCUCAAAGAUACUGUCAGCCAACUCAGGUUUAAAUUCAGGAUCUAUCCUUAACUUUCCAGCUUCUCAAACAAACACUGUAUAUCUAGAAUUUUCUAUCUUUCAGAAUGAACUUUAAACCCUAGCUUAGCACCCUUCAUCAUCUGGCUCCUAUCCAUUCCUCUGCCUAAUAAUCCUCAAAAAAACAAUACUGCAGCCACACUUGAAGAGCCCCAGCUAAUUAGUCUGUACUGUAACAGUAUUUACCUUUGAAAAUAGUUUUCUUGUCUAAAAUGGCUUUUGCCUGCUUCUGUGAGCUCAAACAUCACUUACUCUAGGAUGCCUUCUCUUAUAAUUCCCCAUCCUUGCUGAUUCUGAUGCAAAUGCCCCUCCUCAAUGCUCUCAUGCUUAAUUCUGUUUUAAUACUUAUGACACUGCACAUAAUUCCUAAUUAGUUUGCCAGUCUAUUAUAAACUUUUGGAAGGCAGGGAUUAUUUGUUAUUUGACUUUAUUUCCCAGUGAUUAGAUUGGGAUAUAUUUUUAAGGUCAAAAGUCAACCAGUCUGCCUUUUGAUUAGAUGCAGAGUAAAGAAGAAAGAAAUUAAGAUGAUUCUCAGGUUUUUUGGCUUGUCUCAGGUUUUUUGGCUUGAACGAUUGGCUUUCAAUGAUUACACCAUUAAAUGAAAUGGCAAAGACUGAGAUACUUAUUGGAUAUUCCAAAAGAGUACAAAUAGUCAAUCUGAAGUUCAGGGGGUAAAAUAACAGGCUAGAUAUAUAAAUUAAGAUUUCAUAAGCACAUAGGUGGUAUCUAAAGCCGUGGGACUGGAUAUUACCUACCAAGACUGUGUAGAUCAAGUUUAGUUACAUUUUAGUGUGAGAAUAAAAUUUAGGAAGUUAAACAAGUGUCUUAAUAGAGGGAAGUGCUCACCCGUGUCAAGUGCUGCUAAAUACAAGGAGGCCAAAAGGAAAUCUACUGGAUUUGGCAACAUAGAAGUCACUGGAGACCUGGACAAGAACAGUUUUAGUAGAAUAUAAAAGAUAGAAGCCAAAAUGGGUAAAGGUGGUCAAAAGGUACAAACUUCCAGUUAUAAAGUUCUGGGGGAUGUAAUGUACAACAUAGUGACCAUAGCUAACGAGUCUUCAUUGCAUAUUUGAAAAUUGCUAAAAAACGAAGAUCUUCAAAGUUCUCAUCACAAGAAAAAUGGGGUACCUGGCUGGCUCCAUCAGUAGAGCAUGAGACUCUUGAUCUCAGGGUCGUGAGUUCAAGCCCCACGUUUUGGGCACAGAGUUUACUUGAAAAAAAAGUUCUUAUCACAAGAAAAAAAAAUGUAACUGUGUGAAGUAAUGGAUGAUAACUAAACUUUUUUUGGUAAUCAUUUUACAAUGUAUACAUAUAUCAAAUCAUUAUAUUGUACACCUUAAACAUAUAUGUCAAUUACAUCUCCGUUAAGACUGAGUAGUCUUAGAAGCCAGAUUGGAGUGUGCCAACAAAAUAGGAUGGAAGAAAGCAGAAACAUCAAGCAGAGACAAUAAUUUUGAGAAGUUCAAUUGCCAAGAGAUCAGAGAUAAUGGCACAGCAGCUAGAACGGGUGAGAAAUCAAGGGAGGGAGAAUAAUUAGAAGCAAAUCCUUGUGUAAUAUCUUAACACUCUAUUGAAGUUAGUUUUUCAGUGUUUCUUAUAUAAAUUCCUCGAGAGCGGAAUUUUCUGUUUUCUAACUCCUAUCUGUAUUACGGGUUCUUAAUACAUAUUUGUAGAAUGUCUAAAACCUGAACUCUUAAAUCCUGGUCCAGGAAGUGCAAUAUAGAAUUUAGAAUCAGAUAGAUUCAAGUUCAAAUAUCAGAUUUUUCACUAAUAAGCUAGGUAGCCUUAGACAAAUUUAUCUUUAAGAACCUCAGGUUUCUUAUGGGCACAAAAUAUUUAUUUUCCUGGAAUGCUAUUAACAAUUACACGAGAUACUGUGUGUAAGUCACUUGGUAUAGUAUUUGACCUAAAGAUGGUGCUCAAAUAAUGUUCAAUAUUAUCAUUAUUAUUAUUUUCAGUGGCAUCAUGUGUAUGCCAUUCAUACAUACAUGUAGACAGGUAUACUGUAGAGAACUGAAAACCAAUCUGAAGUAGCUCUCUGCCCCAAUCACACUACCGUUUUUUGUUUUUUUUUUUGAGGGGGAGCACAUAUCACAUUAUUUUGUUUUCUUUUUUAUUAUUUAUAUUCCGUUAUAAUGUAAACCAUGAAAAUCAGAAUUUCUUGUUUAAUACUAUUAACAUCAGUGGUUAAAACUGUCUCACACAAAGUAGGCACUCAAUAAUUAUAUACUGAACAAGUAAGCAUAUAAGUUUCAAAAUCUUUAACUACAUGUUUUAUUUUUUUUUAAAGAUUUUAUUUAUUUAUUUAUUUGAGAAAGAGAGAAUGAGAGAGAGAAAGCACAUGAGAGGGGGGAGGGUCAGAGGGAGAAGCAGGCUCCCCGCCGAGCAGGGAGCCCGAUGAGGGACUCGAUCCCGGGACUCCAGGAUUAUGACCUGAGCCGAAGGCAGUGGCUUAACCAACUGAGCCACCCAGGUGCCCCUAACUACAUGUUUUAAAGUAGUAAACUUGGAAGUGGGUAGACACUGUCAUCUCAAAUCAUUCAAUACUGGCAUGCAGAAAGCUUGUGUAUUAUGCUACUUCAGGAAGCCUUCCCUGAAACACCCCAAGUCUGCGCUAGGUGUCUCUCAUGAUUGCUUAACAUCCAGGGCUUCCCCCAUCAGUCCUUAUUAUACUGUAAUCGAGUUGUAUUUCCUAUUGAAUUGCCUCUUGUCGCAAAUAAACAAAAAUGUCAUCUACUUGAAUACUUUUCCAUGUAGUUCACGAUUUCAUUUUUCAAAACGAGACACCGAACUGGGAAAUAAGUUAUUAAGGCUCAGUAGCCUAGAGGUCAUAUUAUGCAAGGGGCAUGCUGUGGACAUCAACAACAGGUCCCACUAGUUUAUGAGGCAUUGUUUGAAGCUUCCAGGAGAAUAUAGGAGAAACAGUCCAGAGGAUGGUCUGGUAUGACUCUAGACUAGCUCUAUUUGGAAGGUCUAGUCCCUAUCCCAACCCCAGAAUGACACCAUAAUGCAAACCUCUCUGACAUAAGCUUGUAACUCUACUUGCCACAUAAUCAGUGUCCUAAUGUCUCCUAGCAGUGUCUAACAUUGUCUUCAAUGUAAAAAUGUGCCUAUUUGCGGUUACUGCCUCUACCACCACCGCCAGGAGAGCUUGAGCUGAGAGGAAACUACGGUUCUCACUACUCAGACCCAUAAAACCCCUUUUCAACAAUCUGUUAAAACAUGGUGGAUUACUAUGAAGUUCUAGGAGUGCAGAGAUAUGCUUCACCUGAGGAUAUUAAAAAGGCUUAUCAUAAAGUGGCACUUAAAUGGCACCCUGAUAAAAAUCCAGAAAAUAAAGAAGAAGCUGAGAGAAAAUUCAAAGAAGUAGCUGAGGCAUAUGAGGUAUUAUCAAAUAAUGAAAAACGGGACAUUUAUGAUAAAUAUGGCCAAGAAGGAUUAAAUGGUAGAGGCAGCAGUCAUUUUGAUGAUUCUUUUGAAUAUGGCUUCACAUUCCGUAAGCCAGAUGAUGUCUUUAGAGAAAUUUUUGGUGAAAGGGACCCAUUUUCAUUUCAUUUCUUUGAAGACUCACUUGAGGACCUUUUAAAUAGUCCAAAAAGCUCCCAUGGAAGCAGAGGUACAAGAUCCUUUUUUGGAACCUCCAGUAAAUACCCGGUUUUUGAAAGAUUCUCUUCAUAUGAUACAGGAUAUACACCAUAUGGUUCACUGGGCCACGAGGGCCUUAAUUCAUCCUCCUCCCUGGCAUUUGAUGAUAGUGGGAUGAACAACUACAUAUCUGUUACAGCUUUAGGUAAGAUUGGUAAUAGCAGAAAUACAAAUACACAGAGAAUUACUGAGAAUGAUCAAGAAAGAGAAGAAGUUGACGAUGAUGAUGAGUUGAAGUCCUUCCUUAUAAAUGGUUUGGCAGAUGAAGAGGGCUUUGCAGAAGAAUGCAGUUGGAGAAGAAAGUUAUUCAGCAAUUAUUCACCAAAGUCCUACAGCCCCAAACAUGUAACUCAAUAUACUUUUGUGGAUAAUGAUGAGCAAGAUAUACCUUGGGUCACCAGCAACUGGAAUCCCUCUAUUUUCUCAGCAGGAUUCAAAGAAGGUGGUAAGAGAAAAAAAAAGAAGCGUAAAGAGGUGCAGAAGAAGUCAACCAAAAGGAAUCAUUAAAUUGACUCUUCAGACACAUUAUGUUCAUAUAACAAUUGAACAUGACUCUUUGUGUGUUUUGGUUAAUCAGAGUUCUGUAGAUAACAUUUGUUUAAUACUAUACUAAGAUUAUGUUUUAACACGUUUAGCAGCAUUGUGGACAUUUGGUCAAAGGUUGUUUGGAUUAGGUAUGUCAGAAAAAGAUGAGUUUGUGGCGACAGUGAUGUUAAGAAUUUGGAAAACAGCAAAUACCAUUUUACUUUUUUUUGAGCUAAACAUUUACAAAUCAUAGAGUUUUUCUUUAGCAGAGCUUAUGAUCUAUUUCAUUCCUUUUAUCUAUUUGAAACUACUGUGCAAACUUCUGAAAUGUGUAUAGCAUUAAGAGCUAAAAACUUAUUAAGAUACACAGGUUUAGACUAUAUGAUUAUUCAUGAAAUGAAAUUUUUCCAAUAGAGGCAGAGCAUUUGACACAUAAAUACAUUAUAAAUAAAAAUUAAAGCAUAAAAUAUUUUAAGUUAAAAAUAGCCAGAAUUAUAUUUGCACCCCCAUGUUUACAGAACUUAUUCACAAUAGCCAAGAGGUAGAAGCAACCCAAAUACCAAUCAAUGGAUGAAUAAACAUACAUAUGGUGAAAUAUUAUCAGCCUUAAAAAGGAAAUCCUGUUACAUGCUACAUGGGUAAACUCUGAAACAUUAUGAUAAAUGAAAUAAGCCAGUCAUAAAGACGAAUCCUUAUGAUUCUACUCACAUGAGAUAAGAAAUUGAUAAAAACAAAAUAGAAUUGUGGUUACCAGGACAAGGGAGGGAGAGGUGUUAAUGGGUCUACUUUUAGAUUCCAAAAUGAAGAAGUUCUAGAAAUCUGUUUCACAAAGUAUAUUUAAAAAUGAUUAACAUGGUAAAUUUUAUGUUAUGUGUAUUUUACCACAAUUAAAAAAGAAAACUAGACUUAUCCUGGAUUUCUCAGAGCAAUGUGGCUAUUUCAUGUAUGGUAUGCCUACAGUGAAUCACUCCAGACAGGAAAUUUUCUAUUUUCUUUUUUACUAUAUUCUAUGUACACAGGAUCUACAAAGACAUUACUCUAAAACACCAACUUUAGCCAAUAUAAUUUAGGGUUAUGAUGGAAGAAAAAUUAGUUACAGAUACAUCAGACAUUGAGCAAAUGGUCUUAGCUAAAUGCAGACAUUUGCUUAUUUUAAAUGAAUUUAAUUUCAACAUAAUUACUUCUUAGCUUCUUCUAAUUA